AUGUGCUUUGACCUCCUCGCGGAGAUCAUACUCGACAUCUUCGAGCUAAUUGCUCUGAUAUUUAGAAUCUUGCAGAAGCUCCUCAGAUUACCGUUUGCAUUUUGGCGGACGCUAGUCGAGUGGAAUCAGAGUGUCCGAAGAAAGAUUCGACAUCUAUUAAUGCCCAGAAUAGACGCUGACGGAGAUAUCUACAAUCCUCCUAUCCCUAACCAUGUUAAUGGGACUCCGAAUCCGACCGCUGGGACCAUCCCUUCAUUUGUCGUUACUCACUAUGAUGAUGACGGUGGUGGUUUGCAUGGGACUGAGCGAAGUGUGGAGGAGUCUUUAGCAGCUAGUAUUGAUCAGCCGGUCACAGCCGAGCGACAGCAAUCAGAGCAAGGGCCACAGGAGCAAGGACCUCGCCAACCUAGGCCGCAACGCCAACAGCUUGGACAGCAACCGUCAGGACAGCAACAACCAGAGCCCCUCGGGCAUGAACUACAACAGCUAGGACCACAACAGCAGUCAUCAGAGCUCCCACCACGUGAACCAAUGCCGCGUGAGAGAGUUCUACCAGAACAAGACUCAGGAGAGCCUAGUGAGCGUCUGCAACUCGUUAGCUUUGAUGACGUAGUUCAUCUCAUGGCCUCCGCUUCAGGAACUAUGCCAGGUAGUGGGCAACCUGAAGGGAAUCCUCAUCCUAUACAUUUUGGGCCAAAUGGAAUACAGCCGCGUCAAUAUGUAUCUCCCAGGUUACCCGGCUCCUACCCUGAGCCGCUUCCGGACCAGCUAACGCAAGGAAGAGUUACUAUUAUGCCUGGUACAUUCCCAGCUGAACCGGAAGAUGAGGGAAGGGAACAUUGA